AUGUCAGAAGUGGCCGAAAGCGUUUUAAUGACAUGCCCAAUCUGUGCACAUCAACGUCCAGUAACGGAAAUGCAUCAACUUUUACCUUGUUUGCAUAUAUUUUGUUCUUCGUGUAUAUCUAAGAGUUUUAAAAGGGAAUGUUUAAUGCUGCACUGCUUUUCCAAUAUUCAUACCGAAACUCUUUCAUUAAACAACUGUGCCAAUGAAAAGUGUCCAAGGAAGUUAUCAUCUUAUGAAUCAAUCAGCGCAGGAAGCUGCAAGCACGAGUUGUGCACCUUUUGUUUUGAAGAAUUCUCCAAACGGAAUCCCGCAGUAUGCCCUGUAGCAGGGUGCAAUGAAUUAUUAACUGACAGCGAUCUCCUUGGAGAUUUUUGUGAUGGCUGUAAGAAAUCAUUGACGGAUAUCAAAUACGUCGUUACAAACGUAUUGUUAAGAAGUGCGCUUCAGAUUGCCAAGUGUACGUGUGGAGAAGAUUGCGAAGGACGAGCCCUCAAUGGAUUUCCAUCAAAUGAAGAAUGUGAGCACGAUGCUUGCAUUGACUGUUUGGAACGAAUGCUUAAUGAAUGUGAACUCACCGGUACACCACCGAUGUGCCCUAAUAAUAUGUGUCGUCAGCCAUAUAAUGUAGAAUCGGUUAUCGCCUUGAAGACACUUUUUCCUCAACGAGCAAAAUACUUUGAUUCCUUUGAUCUGGAGAAUCAAGUAUAUUAUAUAAUUAAAGAUGAUACUAUUUCGGUUUAUGGAUUUUAUAUUCGACGAGAAAUAAACGAUGAACGGAAACCCGACGAGGAAUUAGUAGUGGAUGCAAAGUCAAUAACUCGUUCAGUGAGUGAACUGAACUUGACCUCUGAGAGUAUGGUCAUUGUUGAUACAAGUGGUGUGUUGAUUAAAUCAGCUAAAAGAUGAAA